ACUCAGCACUUUGCGGGUUACGUGACGCAUCAUUUUUCCCGGUUCUCGUACCACACUAUUCUGUAAACUGGGGAAGAAAGGCCCAGAAGUUGGAAGCCAUAUUCUAGGAUAUCAAAAGAUUGAAGCAAGUAAUUAAUCAAACCUCAGCUCAGCUCAGCGAGCACAAACCCGCUGGGAGCCAUUACAUGUGCCCAGCUCCUCCCCUCUUUUGGCGAAGCUAAGAGAUCUGACCCUUCCCGCGACCUGUCGCGCGGCUGAGCAAGCGCUGAAGGCUCGGAGGGCAGUGAGUCGCCAUGGAACCCGAUGGGACCUACGAGCCGGGCUUCGUGGGUAUUCGAUUCUGCCAGGAAUGUAACAACAUGCUUUACCCCAAGGAGGACAAGGAGAACCGCAUUCUGCUGUACGCGUGCCGGAAUUGUGAUUACCAGCAGGAAGCCGACAACAGCUGCAUCUACGUCAACAAAAUCACGCACGAAGUGGACGAACUGACCCAGAUCAUCGCUGACGUGUCCCAGGACCCCACGUUGCCGCGGACCGAAGACCACCCUUGCCAAAAGUGCGGCCACAAGGAGGCAGUGUUCUUUCAGUCACACAGUGCCCGGGCCGAGCGCUCACGAUAAGUGUAGCUGGCCGGCUGUCCGUAUACCUUGGCAAGAUGCACUCCAAGUGAGCAGCGCUGCGUGAAUGCUUUCCCACAAGCUCUGCAGCGGAAUGGCUGGAUCCCUGCGCAGGUGGGCCAGAGGGAGAGAGGACAGACAGGGCAGUGGCCCCCAGACCAGCACCCUCCGACCUCGCCCUCCGUGAGCAUUCCCCCUUUUCUACUCCAAGUUCGCCAGACCUCGGCCUCCUUCCCACCAUCUGCUCCCUCCUCCCCGUGCAAACGUGGGAGCUGUGUGUCCCCACCCUCCUCACCAGGAUGUUCCUUCCCCUGGAGGAGAAGGAGGGAGGCUUUCCCUUGCACCCUUCAAUAUGGGACCUGAAUCCUGUAACCAGUACCUGUUUUCUCUGUAUCCCUCAGCAGGCCCCCACCCUGGCACCACCCUGACACCCACUGCCUGGGAGCUGAGGUGCAUGGUAUUCCCAGCCUCCUGAUGGCUGAGUCUCUGCCCCACUAACACACGCCCCACUUGUUCACAGAACUCAAGUGCACGGAAACUCCACAUCCCAUGCACCUCCCUCCAUUUCAUUCCAUUCCCUCCCAGCAGCGCCUCCCAGUCCCUGCCGCCACUCACCCGUGUGAGUCCUCAUGUGCCGCUUGAGGUCAAAGGCGUCGUGAAAGCCCUUGCCACAGCAGUGGCACACGUGGCGGCGGGCAGGGCUGUGGCACCUGAGGUGCCGGGUCAGCAGGCGCUGCAAGGGGAAGCCUUGGGGCAGAGGGGGCAGCCAAGCGUCCCAGGGCCACUAGCAGCGGCAGUCAGAGUGCCCUGGGAGGGCUGUGGGAGGGACAUGGGAGUUAGGACCGCACCCCACCCCUCCACUGGACCAAAUGGAGCGCCUAGGACUGGGAACCAAGGAGGUCUGGGAAGGCCAGAGACUGCAGUUUGUGCGUGCUCAUGCCACCCUCUCCCCAAGGCCUUCCCUGACCACCCUGCCCCCAUCGCCCUUACUUUGUUUUCUGUUUCUCCAUAGUACAUACCAUCUUCCAACAUAAUAUUUUUUUUCCUAAUUUUAUUAUCUAUACCUGUAGCUCCCACCAGAUUAUAAGCUUCAGGAAGGAAUGAGUUUUUGUCUUACUCCUAAACACCCAUUGCCUAGAACAGUCCUGGCUCCCAAUAAAAACUGAAAUAAUC